GGCGCCGCGAGAGUAGCGCGACGCUAUCUGCUGUGUGCUCGGCGGUUGCGGAUUCUCGAGCCAUCGCUGCGCAUCGCUGCGGACACAACGAAACGCCAUCGCCGAGCGUGCGAAGCACUCAAUCACCACAGGAGCUCUCCGCGGCGCCGCCGACUAAAAGAUGGACUCCUUCGGCCGCCGCGUGCCACCGACCGUGAAGCCGACGAACUAUGUCGCCGGUCUGGGCAGAGGCGCCGUCGGCUUCACGACGCGGAGCGACAUCGGCCCCGCGCGCGAGGCGGCGAACACCGCGCCGGGCGGCGGGCUCCAGGGCAUGCAGGGGCCCGGCGCCAUGCCCCCGCCGCCUCCUAUGCCUGGGAUGCAAGGCUUGGGUCCCGGCCAGCACGGCCCCGAGAGAACGGACUACGGCCAGGCGCCCGAAGGGUAUGUCGCGGGCAUGGGUCGAGGCAUGGGCGACAAAGCUAUUGAGCAGGGCGAGACGAAUCCCAUCAAAGAGAAAUUAGCGAGAGAGACCGCUGACUUGAACGAGAGGAAUUUCGACCAGUUUUCCGGCUAUGGGGGUUCUAUAUUUGGCGACAGUACGCCGUAUGAAAAUGACGACGCGGAGGCGGAUCGGGUGUAUGAAGCCGUCGAUGAGAGGAUGGACUCUCGGCGUAAACGAGCGAGAGAGGCCAAACUCGUGGAGACGAUGAAGCGGUUCCGGGAAGAACGGCCGAAAAUUAGUGACCAAUUUGCUGACUUGAAACGGGAGCUCAAGGACGUGACGCGGGAGGAGUGGGAGGGCAUCCCCGACAUCGGUGAUCAUAGUUUGAGGUUGAAACAGAAGAAGCGGCCGGACCGACUCACACCAAUGACCGAUAGUGUCCUGUCGUCGAUGGCCGCGGGUCUCGACAACACGGGGCAUACGGGCGCCUUGGAUGCGCGGCAACAGAAGACGGGGGGCUUCGAGACGCCCAUGUCCGGCGCGCGCACGCCCAUGGGCGGCUGGAAGACGCCCAUGCUGGGUGGUGGGACUACUUCCGUGGCCGGUACGUCGUCGUCCUUGACGUCUGGACUAGCUGCGGCGCGCGGUACGGUGCUCGGCUUGAAGCUCGAUAAGAUGAGUGAUUCCGUAGCGGGUCAGACCGUUGUCGACCCGCAAGGGUAUCUGACGGAUCUCAACUCUAUCAAAGUGAAUACCGCGUCGGAAGUCGGAGACAUCAAGAAGGCUCGGUUACUGUUGAAGUCAGUUACUACUACCAACCCGAAGCACGCGCCGGGCUGGAUCGCUGCCGCGCGCGUCGAGGAGAUCGCGGGGAAGGCGAUUGCUGCCCGGAAAUUGAUCCAAUUGGGAUGUGAGGCGUGCCCCGACGCCGAGGAUGUGUGGUUGGAAGCUGCUAGACUACAAAGUUCGGAUGCGAAUGGUCGAUCGGUCUUGCAACGAGCGGUGACGCGCUUGCCGACGUCCACGAAGCUGUGGCUGCGAGCGGCGGAGCUCGAGCCCGACGCCAAUAGGAAGAAAGCGGUGUUGAGGCGAGCGUUGGAGCUGAUCCCGUCCUCGGUCAAGCUAUGGAGGGUUGCUGUGGAGUUGGAAGACGUCGAGGACGCUAGGAUACUGUUGGGACGGGCCGUCGAAUGUGUGCCUCACUCCGUGGACAUGUGGCUCGCUCUUGCGAGGUUGGAAACGUACGAGAACGCUCGUCGCGUGUUAAACCAAGCGCGCGAGGCCAUCCCCACGGAGCCAGCGAUCUGGCUCACGGCCGCGAAGCUUGAAGAGGCCCACGGCCACGGUGCUGAUUUAGUUGAUCGCAUUGUCUCGAAAGCGGUGCGAUCUUUAGCGUCCUAUCAGGUCGUGAUUGACCGAGAAGCUUGGCUCAAAGAAGCGGAAAGCGCCGAGCAGGCCCAGGCGCCCCUCACGUGUGCGGCUGUCGUGCGGCAUACGAUUGGCUUGGGCGUGGAGGUCGAGGACCGAAAACGGACGUGGCUCGACGACGCCGACGCCUGUUUGGCUCGAAGUAGCAUAGCGACGGCGCGCGCGGUCUACGCCCACGCUCUGUCCAUAUACCCAAAUAAAAAAGAAAUCUGGAAACGGGCGUGUUCCCUAGAAAAGAAGUUUGGAAGCCCGCAACAACUCCAGGAAACGCUGAAGAAGGCCGUGGAGUGCUGCCCCCAGGCCGAGGUGCUGUGGCUCAUGGCCGCGAAGGAGCAGUGGCUCGCGGGCGACGUCGACGGCGCGCGCGAAACUUUAGGUGAUGCCUUCGAGGCGAAUCCCGAUUCGGAGCCUGUUUGGUUGGCCGCUGUUAAAUUAGAAUGGGAAAAUGAUGAAAGGGAACGGGCACGAGCGUUGCUCGCGAGGGCUCGGUCGACGGCGCCGUCGGCUCGCGUGUGGUUGAAGGCAGCAUUAUUGGAGAGGGAGUGCGAGGACUUUGAUGCCGAAUUGCAAUUACUAGAUGAAGCUAUUACGUCGUAUCCCUCGUUCCACAAGUUUUAUCUGAUGGCGGCGCAAGCUUGUGAAUCAGAGAAUAAAGGUUCAGAUAAAAGGUUAGGCGACAUGAAAGCAGCCAGAGACUUCUACCAGCGAGGUUUGAAGAAGUGCCCGAAGUGCGCGGCACUGUGGAUCGGCGCUGCGGCGCUUGAGGAGAAGGCGUUUGGUGCUACUCGAGCGAGAUCGGUGUUGGAGUUAGCUCGGUCUCGAAACAAGGGCACGCCGUCGCUGUGGUUGGCGGCGAUGCGGUUGGAACGGCGACAUGGCCACCAAAAAUUAGCCGAGAAUUUGCAAGCCAAAGCGCUCCAGGAGUGCGAGUCGUCGGGCGAGUUGUGGGCCGACUGUAUUUCUACCGCGCCGCGACCCGCAAGGAAGGGGAAAUCGCUAGAAGCCUUGAAACGGUGCGACAACGACGCUCGGGUGAUCGUGGCCGUGGCGAACUUGUUCGUCUCCGAGAGGAAGCACAACAAGGCCCGGAAAUGGUUCGCACGCGCCACUGCUCUAGAACCGGACUUAGGCGACGCCUGGGCCCACGCUUACUUCUUCGAGGUCAAAGACGGCACGGAUCAAACAAGGCAGGACCUUGUGGAUAGGUGCGUCGCGGCGGAGCCGGCGCACGGCGAGCUCUGGACGUCGGUCGCGAAGGACCCGAAGAACGCUAGGUUGGACGUCGCGCAGAAAUUGAGGCUGUGCGCGGAGAAGCUCAAGCGGGCGGAGGACGAGGAGGCGCUCGCAUGAGUAAGGGUUUUCAAAU